AUGAUCCCUGCAUUCAAAAAUCCACCUAAGGCACAGAUGAAUUUUCGUCAUACGUACUUCAACAAGCAGCUUGCGAAGACCCGGAUAAAAAGCGAGCUCUGCAUUGGACUGUUAAAGAUGCGAUUCCCAUACUUGCGUGAACGUCGAGUAAAUUUGGGCAAAACGCGCAAAAACAUACGACGGUUAAUUCGCCACGUGACUUGUGCACGUAUUCUAUACAACUUACUUAUUGCUGAGCCCAUUCCACACCAGUGGCAAAAUGAAUUUGAAAGGCAGAUAACGGGUAGGCUCGACGACGACGACGACAGGAAAUCAAUUUCGUCUUUUGAAACGCCUUCGUCCAGUAGCUACUUGCGUUCUCGGAGGAGCGUAACGCGCCGUUGCUGA